AUGACGGACCUGCUCAAUACAAGCGAGAUUCGGAAUAUCUGCCGGCUACCGCAAGAUCUGGAUAUGCUGGAGGAUCCUCGAACACCGACUUUAAGAAGGGUCAGUUACGGUAUCGUGAUGCCGGCCAUUUGUUGCCUCGGCAUCAUCGGAAAUAUCUUGAAUCUCGUCGUCCUCACGAGAAGAAACAUGCGCGGCACCGCUUACAUCUACAUGAGAGGUUAUUCUGCCGCGGCGCUCCUCGCGAUCCUCUUCUGCAUCCCCUUCGCGCUGAGGGUGCUUAUUCACAAGGAGACCGGGGGAUGGACCAGCUGGCUCCAGGCAUUCUAUCACGCUCAUCUCGAGCUUUUCCUCGGGAACGGCUGCCUAGGGGUUGGAGUAAUGAUGCUUCUGGCAUUGACAGUGGAGCGUUAUGUAAGCGUCUGUCAUCCCGGACAACACACGCGGCCACUCUGCGGACCACCUCACCUAACAGUGGUGCUCAUCCCUCUGGCUACAUUUCUCGUUUAUCUGCCGAGUGUAUUUCGGGGUGAAAUUACGACCUGCCUGCUAGCGUCCGGCGGUCCCCUAAUCUACCAAAGGAGAGACAAUCAGUCGUUUCUCGACUCGUGGUACUAUCAGGUGUACAAGGUGGUGCUAGAAGUUGUUUUUAAAGUGGCGCCCACGAUCCUCCUCGCCGGAUUCAAUCUGAGAAUAAUGAUAGUGUACAGAAGGUCCUGCGAGCGACGCCGGAGAAUGACCCUAUCGAGAACCGUCAGCAGCGACGAGGAUCCAAGAACUUUCGCCGAGGAGCGAAGGCUGAUCUUGCUCUUGGGCAGCACCAGCAUUCUCUUCCUAGUCUGCGUCAGUCCGAUGGUUAUCUUAAAUGUCACACUCAGCGAGAGCAAUCUUAACAAUUAUCCUUACCAGGUGUUCCGAGCACUGGCCAAUCUACUGGAAGUGAUCAAUUACUCGAUCACGUUUUACAUUUAUUGCCUCUUUUCCGAAGACUUUCGAAACACUCUAAUUCGUACUCUGCAAUGGCCGUGGGUCAAGAGCGACCAGGGCGGCAGGAGUCUGCCCAUGAAACGUUCCCCGAUACCGAGACCGACCACGACAACGACGACGACCCCGCCAACCACUACAGUCGCGACCCCCGGACAUCUGGCUCGUGCCAGCGUUUAACACGGAUUUUUUGCCAUCGAUCCUGGCGUCAACCGCUCGGUAGCCAAGCGGUGGAACAAAAAGGACUCGGACCUAGCGCGGAACCGACGCGACGCACCGUGCAACUGUAAAUGUCGAGGCGGGUUUGAUUGCAAGAGCGAAAAAAAAACUCUGUUAAAAAAUAGAGCCAGGUGUCGCGAACGAUACACGAGUAUGCCGAAGAUCGUGCGCAAUUACGUAGAACAAUCUAGUUUGCGUGAUAAUAGUAGAGGGUGAUUAAACUGCCGUCGCGUUCUUUUUCCUUUCGGCCGACGAUACGAUUGCUGCGAGAAGACGUUGAUUCUCCACUGGACAUUUCCUGCGAAUCUUUCGAUUCUUACGAGUCGAUCCACGAGGAAAUAUUCGAGCUAUGUGUAUUCUCUGCGUACCGGUGAAGUACCAGAAUAGUUGCAGAGUAUGGCCAUUUACGAAACAUUCCUGCGUAUUAAAGUGGCUUAAAGCUGGGCGUGUCUAUACGGUUAUUGCUGCUGAAUUUGAACGUUUGACCAUUCCGGGGGAUUAGAUUCCAGCAUUAAAUCGACCGACCUGAUUAAAUAGUCGAUAUCCCAUUAUCUCUCCCUCUGUCGAACGACGCGCUCGCUCGGCAUGAUCGCUCGAUCGCCAAGUAACGACGAAAGUGUAUAAAGAGAAGGAAUUCUGUGUAAGCCAUCGCAUCGCCGCGGUGCCCCGCAGAACUCUUUCGUGCUCCGAAGUACAAGCUGGAAAAGUUUCUGUCGUCGUCGACCAAGUUUGCGCGAAGCGGAGAAAGAGAAAGAGAGAUGCGGAAAAGAAACAAGAAUCACCGUAAUGCGCCCGUGCGCGCUGCAACGCGAAGAAUUUAUCAGAAUUCGCUGUGGAGACGCGGCGACAAGACUUGUGCAUCGAGUCGCGAGCGAUCACCGUCGUGCUCGUUGAAAAUUAAACGAGAAAGAGCACUGGGCGAAGGCGCCGGGCGACGGGCGCCGGGUAUGGCGAAGAUGGAGAAGAAGCAGAACGAGAAAAGGAAAAAUCGAAAUGUGUCAAGUACCUGAUCGUACAAGGGAAUCUUUCCCGCGAGAAUCUCCACGGAAGAUUGCCGGGGUGAAAUCGAGGUGGAAGAGAGGAGGGACCGCGUUAAUUCCGGAAUCUCACCGGAAGCUAGAGACUCUAGAAUAAGAGUCUGUGACCAUAAGGCGAUUUUGUCAAAAUCCUGCGUGAGAAAAAAUGUACGUCACACACGUGGUGGAAGAAUAGUAAAGUGUGCUCAUAUAUGUCACAAAAUAAAUUGUCCAGACACAGAACAUGAAAGUUUAUUUUAUGCUACAAAUUAAUCAAAUAUUAUACUGUUUUAGGAAAAACUCGAUUGGAAACGAAAACUCCUGCCAGUGAUGCGUUUUCAUUAAAAGUAUGAUUUGGAUUUGUAGCAUAAAAUAAAUUUCCAAUGUGUGUCCGGAUAAUUAAUUUCGUUGACUGCAUAUACUACUUUGUUCAUUUAAUAUUAUUCCGUCACAGUCCUAUCUUUUACACACGUUUUUCCACUCACACAGAUAAAGAUAAAAAAUUGAUGCUUUGUUACAAUCUUAUUUAAAUACAUUUUCAAUCUGAUUUUGUUAAUAAAUCAGUGAAUGAUUCGAUUUGAGCAUAAGUUUGCCUGUGUAAUACAUCACUGCCAAAAGUUUUCACUUCCAAUCAAGUUUUUCCUAAAAAAUUAUAAUAUUGAAUAAAUUUAUAGCUUAAAGUAAACUACCAAUAUCGUGUGUCUGGACAAUUAGUGAUUGUAUACACAGAGAACGUUUAAUAUCGUGCAUUGUAUUAACCGCAUCCAUUUCUACACGGAAAGAACAAUUUUGCUGAAAUACAGAACUGAAAAUAAUUACGUUGAACCAUUAAAAAAAUUAUACUGGACGUUUAAGCUAAUUGCUAGGAUAUCAAAACUUUUAGUAAUAGAAUCAUUAUGCUUGAAUGUUUUAUAUAAUUAUUUUAAUACAAUUCAACAUAAAAUUAUAUAUUUUUUUAUCUAUAUUUAGCUAAAUUUUUAGACAGUAAGUACAGUAAAAUUAUUUUUUUUCGUAUAAAUUCUUGGAUAAGACUUAACGCACAAUGUAAAAAUAGAAACAAGGAAUAAGAAACAAUUUAAUACGUUAAAUAAGGAAAACACAUAAACUCUUAAGAAAAAGAACUAAUAAAGUGUUUCAAUCAACUAAUAACUGUAUCAGUGCUGCACCACUAAUUGCAUUAGAUACUGCAUCAAUAACUGAUGAAAUAUCAUCAGUUCCUAAUAUAGCAAUCAGUUUAUUGAAACACUUUAUCACUUCUUCUUUUCAAGAAAAAAUAUUUCUUUUUAUUCAUCAUAUUAAAUUGUUUCUUAUUCCUUGUUUCCUAUUCUUUAUUUUCUGUUCCCUGUUUCCGCUUCCAAGAUAGCCGUCAUUGGAACAAAAUCUUAUUAGCUGUUUUUACAGCUUAUUUUCUAUCUACCAUGCAAAAUUUAUUAGCUCUUACUCACUCUUAUUCCUUUCUGUUUUAUCUCUUUCUUUCUUUUUCUUUUUUGAUAAAAUGAAUGAAAUAAAACUGGCUGUCUUAUGGCCAGCCUCAGAUACUAGGGUCUCUCUACCGGAGACGGAAGGCGGGGCGCAUGAGAAAGGUGUGCCACGGCUUCUCCGGACAUUUAAAAUAACACAUAACGUCGAGAAACAUUUUAUCGCCGCGCCGCGGUGAAUCAUCAUGUGAUUUAUUUCCGUGUGAGUACUAUAUAAUUAAAGAGCUGCCGAGCGCCAGUGAGAAUUACGCCUCGUCUUCGCCCGCGUUAUCGGCAUUAAUCUUUUACACACCGCAAUGUAUCUUCGCCGUCGAUAAGCUACGUUCGAUUAGACCUAAGCAAUUUAUGUAUGGCGUUCUCGAUAACGUUUCCUUCACCCUCUCAUUCCCCCCUCCCGCCCCUCCACCCCCCGGGACGGGAAUUGAAUUUCAAGGAGGUCCAAGUAUUGAGAGAGUAAAAGGGCGCAUCGCGAUACGAGCAAUAUAAACCGCUCUAGCCUCGUCUUUCGGAUCUAACGAAAGGACCGCUGCCGGCUACGAUAAUAAUAUUCUAUCGAACUCUCUCUCUCUCUCUCUCUCUCUCUCUCUCUCUCUCUCUCUCUUCGAAAUAAACCGCUACCUUCUGGUUGCAUCGCGUUUCGAAAAUAGCUGCCGCACCUUGCAGAGAGAUAUUCUCUCCCGGGGAAUCGAUAAUUAAAUUCGUCGCAACGGGUCUGCGCUCGCGGUUCGAUGGUAAUAUUAUUUCGUUCAUUUGCAUACGUAAAUCCCAAAACAAAGAAUAUUUUGCGACGCGCGUAUACUUCAUAGCCCGGACGCGAUAGCCUUGGCGAGGCGCGCGAAAAAAGAAAUAAAUUUAGAGAAAGUGUCUAUUUUCUGUUUGCAAGAAUCUCUGCGUCCUCUCUGUCCUCAUUAUGCAAACGGGAACGCAAAAGUUGGAAAAGUAUAAUAAUCAAUAAUUUACUUGGGAAUAGAGGAACACGCGAAGGGAGGGUUUGAUCUCCGUUCCUCCUUUUUAAAUCCUCCGUUUUUAUCCUACUUCAUUCCCCGAGGAAACGAAUUGCGGUCCCCGCAAACUUCCCAGAUUCCAACAUUCCCCAGUCCCUUGAAUCGCUAUUUCCUUCGAGCGUGAUUUACCAGGGAGAGGGAGGGGGAGGAAAGGGGAAUUUUUUUUCGACGAUCAGUAAAAAUAUCUGCGAGGUGCUUCAGCCAACGCUCGUCACGUCGAAUGCGACAGCGUCGGCUCGCUGUCGAACCAGAUGACGAGUACAUGACGAGCGCUCGCUCGGCGUACCUAGCCUCGCGGAAGAACUCGUGCAAACAGGCCGCGCCGUUCAAUCGUUCCUUUCGAUCGAUUUUUGCGUCAUGCGUCAGUCCGUGAAAUUUUGAUAUUUACCGCGCGGAUCGAUGAGCCCUCUCGCGUGUGAAGCUCCGCGAGGGGUAAGUGGGAAAGAGGGGACGUACACGCGCACGUUCUUGCAAUGUGGAGCACCGAUUAAGCGCGGCGGAAGAGCGGCGGGGAGAGAAUCUCCGGCGGAUGGUUUCCGUUCCGUUGCGGGGGAAAAUCGUUCCCGACGCAGUGGCAGAAACGGGAAAGGGACAGGGAUGAAACGGUCGGCGGCAGGAUUUUCGCCGUAGUUAAGUGUGGGGGCGGUGACCAAACUUCUCCGUCGUACGGUACACCGCUAUUUGGAAAUAAUUUAGAACAGCGGUGCACCAGGGGAUUCGUUUCGGCCACUGCGCCGGGAUGGGCGAAGCACACAUCGCGCGUACAGCAGAAUGGAUGAGUCCUGCCAUCAUUUUGGGGGAUAAUUUAAGCGCGCGUACAGCCUUUGCGAAAAUAACGAAGAGAUACGCUGCGGUGAGAAGUGUGUUAAGGGAGCAAAUAUACUGUAUGUCAUAAUAAAGUUUCGAAAUACGUAGGCGUCGGGAUGUUUACCGUCGACGUUGUACCAUCACUCGCAGAGAUGUAGCAUCGGUAUCUCUCUUCCGCCCAGCAAGACAGAGAGAGAAUAAGAGAGAGAGAGAGAGAGAAAGAGAGAGAGAGAAAUACUCCAAUGUGUCUAAAGAAUAAAAUCGCUUCCCAAGCAAUAGUCUA